UUACUAAUUGAUUGCUUAUUACAGGAAUGCACUUGUGUAAAAUGCACAAUAAACGCAAACAGAUUCAGCGACGUGCACUUGCACGCGGAAAUAGAACAGCUGCGUCAAAAAUUAAAGGAAAAAGAAAAUUAUAUUGUGAAAAUAGAGACACAGUAUUUAAAGGAGGUUGAUAAAUUUCCUAAUGGGAAGCUUGCGUCGAUGAAGAUAGACCUGAGGCUAUCUGAGGAGAAACAUGCUCGGCUGAUGGAGGCACAGAAGAGGAUGCUUAAAGUCAAUCAAAACCUUGAAGACAAGCUACUGAAACUUGUUGAUAAAUGUGAGACUGAGAAGAGUGCCUUUAUUAAGGACAUUGCAACCCUGUCACAUCGUUUAGCUGAUGCUAAUUUGACGAUCCAUAGCUUAUCUCAAGACAAUGCGAGAUAUAGAGCUGACAUGAACUUGGCUAUUCAAUCGCUACAGUGCAAGCCAUCCAAUUUUGUCGGACAGAAAUAUGACUCUCUACCCAUAGAAGUGCAGUCGAGAGUAAAGCAUUACAUGAGUCAAAAGCGUCGUUCGAGUGAUCAGUCACAAUCGGAUGUGAAGAGCAUUACCGUGCCAAUAUCAACAUUUCCCCCGACGGCGAUGGUGUAUAACAUCACCAAAACAAACCCAGACAAGCACAGCGAUGACGAGAGCGACGACGGCAAACCGCAAAUAGACGUUGUCUCAGCUGCAAUUAUGGCCAAAGUCUUGGAGGAUCGGGAGCGAGAACGUAUCCUCGCAAAACAUUGUUCCACGAUAGAAAUUCCGGUUGACAAUAUAGUAAUACCUAAAUCACAGGGUCAAGUUAAUCCAGUUGAUAUAAUCAACGAGCGUAUAUGGAAAAAUAAUUGGACCAAAUCGAAAUUGAAUUCUCCUCAAUUAGAAUCUACAAAUGUACUCUUAAAUUCAAAUAGUAAGAGUGACAUUCAUUUGGAUGUUAUUAAUGAACGAAUUUGGAAAACAGAACCUCGUAAUAAUAAUAAUAAUAAUAAUAAUAAUAAUAAUAAUAAUAAUAUUAAUAAUAAUAAUAUUAAUAGUCAUAAUAAUCACAGCAAUCAAGUGACUGUAAUUGAAGUAUCAAAUGAAGAAAGCGCUAAUCAAACCCCGGAUUUUGCAGCAAGCCCGAGUUUCAGCAACGACAGUGUCCUGAUGUCCAGCUCUGAGCCCUCCAGCAGCUCGAGUGACCUGGUCCAGAUAAACAACGAGAAGCGGCGAUUACUCAACCCGGUAAGUAAAGGUGAUCGGGUUAUUGGCCCGAGGAACUGUUUGAUGCGUGUCAGUCGCGAGGGGUCAAAAAAUAUUUUACUAGACAAUGCUGGACAAUAUCAAACAGUGCUCUACACGAGCUCGGGAAGCGGCAGUGGAAGUGCCAAUCAAACAAAUACUGCUCUUGUACACAAUCUCGCAAAGUCAACACGCUCUGGGAGAUCUCUGUCGACCAGCAGCGAAGAGGCUCUUCCUAUUUUUGUUUCUGGUAAAAAAGGGAUUGCUAAUGAAUUAGUUGUAAAAACUCAUGUGAUUGAUAAAAAAAAUGUGUCUGGUAUUAAAAAAAAUUUAGAGCAUAUUGUCAAUGAGCAAGUUAAAGAUUUGAUUUGUUUUGACUCGACAAAUGAGGAUGAUGGUGAUGAAGAUGAAAGGAGAGGAGGAGGAGGAGGAGGAGUUAAAAGUAGGAGAAGUAGCAAUGAAAAAAAAAUUGAUUGCGAAGUUAAGAUUACCAAAGAAAUGGAGGAAACUUAUUUAAAACUAGCUGCCAGUCUUGAUCCGCGUGCGCUCCGUUUGCCUACAAGCGUCAAUGCGGAUCUGACAAUUGAAAAGUAUCGCAAAGAUCACAAAAAAAUAAAUAUGCAGAAGAGUGAUAAGUCGGAAGCCAACACAUAA